AUGUCUUCACUCUCAGAUGAUGUGACACAGCUGUGCGUGAACAUUCACAUCAACGAGUUAGAAACUUUUCGGCUUGACGCCGUCCGAUCUGAUGAAACAUUUAGUCAAAUCAUGGAUCAAUUCAUUCUCGAACGAUGUAUGCCCAAACUCUCCAAACUUCACAAAUUUGCUCUUCUUCCAUCCGAUAUUGAAAAAUCCGUUCUCUCCAAACAAAAGGAUCCCAAAAAGAAACGAAAAGAACUCUUGAAAGAAUUGAUUCAUGUCCACAUGCAAGACAGCAUUGGACAGUCCACCUAUCGAAUGUUCAUCAGUCGAGACAAUGUCAUUCAUUUGCAAUUGUCUCCAACCAUUCCUCCCAGUGAGAUGAACAAAAUAUUCGGAAAGCCUCUCGGAUUUCUCUUUGCCAAGGAACACAAGAGCUCCCAUGAAGUUCCAGAAUUCUUUGAUAUUCUUUGCUCGUUUAUUGCAACCCAUGGUGCUCGUAUUCAAGGCGUAUUUCGAGUGAGUGGAUCUGUACGACAAACGGAGGCUCUCAAACAACAAUUUGAAGAAGCUCCAGGUAUCUCCUAUAAGGCUCCAAUGCCCAACACGGAUCCAAAUGCAAUUGCUAGCUUGUUGAAAAUGUAUUUGAGAGAAUUACCUCAACCUCUCAUUGAAUCAAGAUUGUAUAGAAAGUUGUGUAACUUGUUUGAUGUCAGCAAGAAUGAGUCGAGUGAAUUAUCAGAGAUUCAAUUAAGAGAACGUGUGAUUGAAUUGAGAGGUCUGAUUCGUUCCAUGUCUGAGAGAAAUGUCACAGUAUUGGAGAGAUUAAUGGCAUUAUGCGCCUAUAUCGUAAAGUUGAAAGAUAUCAACAUGAUGACCGACGAGAAUGUUUCUCUAGUGUUGGGACCCAAUUUAAUGUGGCCAGAGAAAGACGAGGAAAGUGAAGAUGAGGAGUCGCCUUCGUCUAUUGCCAUGAAUUCUCUCAAAGACACUCCAACUAUUUGUAACAUUGUUUCUACAUUAAUAUUGAACUAUUCUCAGAUUUUUGAAAACGAUUCACCUUAUGACUCCGAAUUGCUGGGUACUAAGAAUUUACCAAAGGAUCAAUUGUGGGUCAAGAAAGCACAACAACCAUCAUCACUUGUGGCUUCACGCGCUGGUAGCAUUGCAAGUGUGUUAAAUAAGAACUCACCAGCAAUACCUACUAAGAAAGUUGGACCUACAUUUCCAGUACCCAGUCAGAAAACACAAGGAGGAACUCAGGGAUACGGUAGCAGCGGAUCUGAUGUUGAAUCCAAGAAAAAUCAAACACGAAACUUUAGAGGUCACAUGCCAAGAGGUAUCGUGGAAAAACUGUCGGUCGGUAGUGACAUGAUUUAUCCAUUGAGACUGGUCAGAUUAACUGGUGAAUCUUUGGUUUUAAUGACUCUUCGUGAUGCAACAGCAAACACUGAGGCAAGAUUCCUUAUUGAUCGUGAAAUUCCAUUUGAUCAUAUCAAGAAAUUGGAAACCAUGAACCAAAUUAAAUCAGCAACUGCCAAGACUGACGAAGAUAAUGACGAUGAAGAUUCGCAACCUCAAGCUCCCUCGUCGAGUACUUUGUCCCCAAGUGGAAACAGUAACAGCGAUGCUGUGAAUGGUGUCAAAGUCACCUAUCAACAAAAAGGAGGAUUUAACACCACUGUAAUUAUUACAAAGGAUCUUAAAGGAACAGAUCAUGAUCCUUCUCUCUAUCACUACGUUGAUACAGAAAUGACUCUCAAAGAGUGGCAUGCACACUUCUCUACCGUUCUGAAGAGAUAUGAGGUGUUUGUGAAUUUGGCUAAAUCAGAUCCUGAUAAGUUUGGAGCUGUGCUCACAAAGAAGGAAUUCAAAAACGCUAAACAAGCCAAAUUGCAACAACAGAAAAAGCUUGAGGAAGAGAGAAGGGUUGCACUGGAUCAUCCCGUCGAUGAAUUGCUUACAUCAGAAGGUAAAGUGCAAAAUAAUAUAAUUAGUAUCAACAAACUAUCAUAUCAGCAAAUGAUCAAUACGAUUACACAAAUGAAGGAGAAGUUGAGCAAUGAAGAAAAAACCAGGAAAAUACUUGAAUAUAGACUACAAGAUAUUGAAUCACAAAAUAAGGAAUAUAUCCAAGAAGUGAGAAAUCUCAAAACGAAAUCCAUUCGAAUGUCUGAUAUACAUAAGGGAUUGACACGAAAGUCAGCACGUUUUAUUUCUACUCCUGAAAAGAAUAAUUAUAUUGAUGAAGAGGAUGAUUAUUACGACGAUGAUGACUAUGAUAUGGACAGCGAUGAUAGCAUUGAAUUUCGUUCAAACUAA